GUCUACUGAGUGCAAGAACGUUUGAUAUCUAGAUAAGAUCUUUCUAGAGCCAAAGGCAUUUGAACCGUCAUCAUGAAGAAACUGUUGCUCGGUGGAGCCUUCCUUCUUUGCCUUUUUCUUCCAGCCGUGUCGAGUCUAAACUGCUAUGUAUGCAGCUCAUCCAAAUCAUGGACAGACUGUACGAUGAAAAGCCACCAGUGUCCGUCUGGUUUUGAUAGGUGUAGUAAGGUGUAUCUCAGGACCGGCAGCCUCGAGUCUUUCAGAAAGUAUUGCGCCCCCAAGGCGGCGUGUACUCCGAACACGGACUUUACCUGCAAGACCGCUGUUGGAUCAAGUUCUUUCGAGUGCGACGUCACAUGUUGCGAUGGUGACCACUGUAACACUGGCUCAGCUUUGUUCAUCAGUAUUAUCCUCUUGCUGACAUGCGGAUUGGCGUCUCUGUGGAUUGUUGUCAAAGACUGACAUUCAUUUGUGCUGUGACAUGAGGAAAUAUAUGUGUGCCUCCUUUAAUUUUAGGAAGAAAUGAAAGAUGUGAUUAUAACGUAGCUUCUCUUGACAGUCUCAAUACAUUUACUUUAAGAAGGAG